AGUCCCACUGCAAUAGCCCAGUGGGAAAAAAGCGGCAUGCUCCUCUGCCAUGCAUCUGGCCAAAAUGCAUGAACGAGGCAAGUGGGCCACGCCCGCUUUUGGUUAGUUCCCACCUCCGCUCACCCCACUCAUAUCUAAUUUUCAUGCACAUGUAGGAUUAUCGAGGAGCCGAAGAACGAGUCAUGGAUCCGGUGGACCGAGGACGGCACGGCGUUCAAGUUCUCGUCCUCGGAGAAGCUGCUGGCGGCGUUGCAGGCGGCAGGUCUGCGCGCGCAAAACUACCAUUCGGUCGAGAAGAAUCUGAACGACUACCGCUUCAACCGGCUGACGGACCAGCGGCGCAAGAUCCCCGACACGGAUGGCAAGCUGUGGUGGAUGUUCUCGCACGCCAUGUUCCACCGGGACUACCCGGACCAGAUUGUCAAUAUCCAGCGCCGCCGCCGCACCAACCCGCCGACAAUGUCGCCGCAGCCGCCGAUCAUUGCCACGCAGCAGCAGCAGUCGCAGCAGCAGUCGCAACAGCAGCAGCAGCCAAUGCCGCCUAUCCCGCAGCAGUACAUGCACCACCACCAUCACCAUAUGCAGCAGCCGUACCAGGUGCUGCCGCCGCAUGCUGCGCAGCAUCAGAAUCAUCCGUGGCUGUAAAUAAUUUUGCAAAGCUCUCUUCUGCUCCCCUCCCAAACGCUCAUCCCAACCCGUGUUCUUUUUCCUUCUUUCUUAAAAACCUAUUUUUCCAUGUCUCGUUUCAAUGUAUUAUGUUAUCAGACAUACGUUCUUUUUUGACAGGCUAUGCAAAUUGGGAGGAACAAAGGGGGUGGUUGGGAGACAGUACAGAUGGUGUAUGGCUCUAUGCACAAGGCGGACUUAGAUCUCGGUUGCCUGGCGCGGUCCCGUGGGCUUGGUCCGAAUCAGUUUACUGCGCAGCCUCCGGAGCAGCACCAUGCGGUCGGGAGCUCUCUGCUGGGGCUGGGGCUGUGGCUGGCUCAGCUGUGGCUGGCGUAGACUGCGUGGCUGCGGGACCGCGUGUCUGGGCAGCGAGGCGGGGCGGGCGCCCCGGAUCUGCGGAUACUGCAUAAUGAUGCGGAGCACCUCAGGAUGAGCGCGCAGCUCAUCCUGGCGGUACGUGCACAGCGUGAUCGACGAGUCGCGCGAAACCAGCGAUGCGCGGGAGCCCGGCGAAAGCGUGUACAUGUGAGUAGUUGGCAAUAAAGAGCUUGCAAAAAAAACGGAGCGGUUUGAGUGAAGAGAUGAAAAGUGGUGCCUUUCC